CAGGGCCAGCCUGGCCUGGCUGCUGCUGUCUGUAGCCACCCAGCUCUGGGUCUUACAGGUUACCAGGGUUCCAGGGCGCUUUUGCCCUUGCUCUGAUCUUUCCUGGGCUGGCACUGUGGUACUGCCGAGUCUCGGGGCUUGCAUCUGCAAAAUGGGAGUGUUCAAGAAGGCGAGCCCGAAUGGAAAGCUCACCGUCUACCUUGGAAAGCGGGACUUUGUGGACCACAUUGACCUUGUGGACCCCGUGGAUGGCGUGGUCCUGGUGGAUCCCGAGUAUCUCAAAGAGAGACGAGUCUACGUGACCCUGACCUGCGCUUUCCGCUACGGCCGGGAGGACCUGGAUGUCUUGGGCCUGACCUUUCGCAAGGACCUGUUUGUGGCCAAUGUGCAGUCCUUCCCACCCGCCCCCGAGAGCAAGAAGCCCCUGACGCGGUUACAGGAGCGCCUCAUCAAGAAGCUGGGCGAGCACGCCUACCCCUUCACCUUUGAGAUCCCUCCAAACCUCCCGUGCUCUGUGACAUUGCAACCAGGGCCCGAGGACACAGGGAAGGCCUGCGGUGUGGACUAUGAAGUCAAGGCCUUCUGUGCCGAAAACCUGGAGGAGAAGAUCCACAAAAGGAAUUCUGUGCGUCUGGUCAUCCGGAAGGUUCAGUACGCCCCAGAAAGGCCUGGCCCCCAGCCUACAGCCGAGACCACCAGGCAGUUCCUCAUGUCAGAUAAGCCCCUGCACCUAGAGGCGUCUUUGGAUAAGGAGAUCUACUACCACGGCGAACCCAUCAGCGUCAACGUCCACGUCACCAACAACACCAAUAAGACUGUGAAAAAGAUCAAGAUAUCGGUGCGCCAGUACGCGGACAUCUGCCUCUUCAACACAGCGCAGUACAAGUGCCCUGUGGCCAUGGAGGAGGCCGAUGACACGGUGGCGCCCAGCUCAACGUUUUGCAAAGUCUACACCCUGACCCCUUUUCUGGCCAACAACCGAGAGAAGCGAGGCCUUGCCCUGGAUGGGAAACUCAAGCAUGAAGACACCAACCUUGCCUCCAGCACCCUGUUGAGGGAAGGUGCCAACCGCGAGAUUCUGGGAAUCAUUGUCUCCUACAAGGUGAAAGUGAAGCUGGUGGUUUCUCGAGGCGGCCUGUUGGGAGAUCUUGCGUCCAGUGACGUGGCGGUGGAACUCCCCUUCACCUUAAUGCACCCCAAGCCUAAAGAGGAACCCCCACAUCGGGAAGUUCCAGAGAGCGAGGCACCAGUAGACACGAACCUCAUAGAACUUGACACCAAUGAUGACGACAUUGUAUUUGAGGACUUUGCCCGCCAGAGACUGAAAGGCAUGAAAGACGACAAGGAGGAAGAAGAGGAUGGCACGGGCUCGCCACACCUCAACAACAGAUAGACUGGAGCCUGCUCUCCCCUGGCGGCUCCAGGUCUACUCUCUUGCACUCAGAUACUUCCUUGUCUCCUCCCCACCCCCAUCCUGGUUUCCCCUUCCCUUUGUUCUUCCAGUUUCUACCAGAGGGCCCCCGUGGUCUUCCAAGUCUUGGUGAUGAACCUCUGGCCUCAGGACUGGCCCCACGUCACCAUGCCAACAAGACCACAGCACAUGACUUCAUCCCCCCUCUCCGGUCAGCUGUCCACUCACCUUUCCAUGCUCACUCUCAGAAUGACCUCCAUGGCCUGGCCUUGGGGGUUUGGCCUGAGCUGGUGCCCCAAAAGGCGCGGGUGAGGCAGUGGGGCCAUGGCGAUGGCGUGCGUGAUGGCUCAAGUCUGCAGUCCCCGGGAGGUGACACGGUUCUGGCAGCUAGAAGAUGACAGUAUUCAAGGCCACUCUUUUCGUUUCUGGCUGGAGGAGCAGAGCUGUGAAUAGAUUUUUUUUUUUCAAUGCCUUUGUGCAAUUGAGACCCACCAGAGACCUCCCUGCCCACCCUCCUUCACCUUCCACCUUGGCUCAUAUCCUUGUGUCUGGUAGUGACAUUGAUGGAGGCACGUUGACCCCAGGAGUGGAGGAAAGCGAUGGACUUUCUUACCAGCAGAUACCUAGGUUGGGGCAAGCUGCGUGAGCUAGCCACAUGUAUUAAUUCACGUGUCGUCAGGAUGUGACAUUUUAACUAUCUUGCAUUUUGUGUAUGGCUCCAUCUAUGUGCCUACUCAGAGAGAGAGAGAGAGAGAGGGAGGAUCAAGGGUCUUCAGCAAACACCAGCCCCUAGCAGAGUGAGCCCAAGCUUCUGAGGAGGUUUUCAGGGAUGGGGGCGGGGUGGGAGGAUGAGCACCCACCUUCCUUCCCUUCCGUGGUGGAUGGUUCUACAGGAACCAAGGACUAAGGGACAGAGGUGACUAGAUCUGCACGAUUCCCUAAGCCUCCCUUGUGCUUCUCUGGGGCUGGGCUGGACCAGUUUGCACUCUGGGAGAGAGAGUACUUGAAGUCACCAUUCCUAUCAUCAAGGGCCUUUCCACAGAGGGAAAGAGGCUUCUUGGUUUCUUCAUGGGGGCAGGGAGAGGGCGUUGAUAACCCUAACAGUUCCCAGGGUCAUGGGUGCUCGGUACCCAGGGGCUGGUGUUAGUGUCAUUGAGCCUGAACAACAGGGCAGAUAGGUGAUAAAACAGAAAGUGUUCAAAGGUAUCCCUGUCUGGUAUUUGAUGCUACCUGGUGUGACCACAGGCAAGUUCUUCCCCUACUUUGGGCCUUAGUUCCUCACUGGAAAAUCAAGGAGUUUGACCAAGUGAUCCCAAAGGGCUCCAGCUCUGGCAUCCGAGAGUUUGUGGACCCUAGAGCUUCAGGCUUGUCAAGCAGAACCAGGGCUGCCAAUUUCAGAGGGGCUUCAUGGGAUCUAAGAGGGGCCAGUGCCAGGCAGAGCAGAGAGUCCGUCCUCCGGGUUUAGGAAAGGCUGCCUUGGGGUCCCAUGGCCAGUCACCUCAUGUUGAGCUGCAGCCAUACCUCCAUGAACUUCUCUGUCCUGGGUCUGGAUAUCAUAAGGAAGGUCAGGGCUUAUAUUUACUGAGACUUGAACGGGAGGUGUGUGGACCGCCUUGGGGUCACUCAAAUAUAUUGAUUAGCAGGGCAAGGGGCUCUCACUUCAGUGUCUGCUCCCUCUAUCUUGGUCUCAUACUUGCCUGAGGAGGACACACUUUUGUGGUUGGGAGGGUUGAAACUGGGUCUCAGCAGAGGAUGAUCUUGAAUUCCUGCUUCCACUUCUGUGAAGUGCUGGGAUGACAGAUGUGUACCACCAUACCUGGCUUCACAUCUUAAUAGACAAAUUGGAUUUCAACCCAGCAUGUCCAGGGAUGAUCCAUCCAACCAUUUCUCAUGGAGAAAUGACCCAGUGCCAGCCUGGCCCUGUACCUUCUGUCACAAGAAGUCAACUGAAGGGAUCCCUUCCAGGUCAAAACAGUCCACCCUGGACAGUUACGCUCCUUAGCAUGUCCUGGGUACCUAGCUGCAGGCUCUCUUGGCAUCCAGCCUCUGCCAGAGUUUGCUGGGCGGUUUGAUCCUCACCUGGGCAGCUACAGAAUUGAUGGGUAGCUUGAAUCACACGCAAGGCAUCCAUGUGCCCUCCAGUGUCUUCCUCUGAAACCUUUGAGGCUGAUAUGAGACCCUUUGGCAUUUGGGGUACCUUCUCCUCUACAAACCUCUGUCCCCUGCCCCUCACACGUGCCAAGAACUUCCCAGGCUGCUUGACUGAGCAUCCUGCACCUCAGCGGCUCCAUUCUCCCUUUGUGUCCAUCCCAGUUUUAACCGAAGUUUCCCCAACUGCGGGGAAGAACCCGAAUCCUGUCUGUCUGUGCUCUUUGAGCCAGUCCUGCUCAAGUUAAUUCAUCCUUUGCCAACAUCCUCUGCUGGGUACAGGAGACGCCGGAAUGGGUCUGUCCUUAGAAAGCUCCCAGCCGGGGGAAAAGUCAGAGGCGGGUAACGAGAGCCAUUGCAUUGAGGGCUCCAUGGCUUCUACCAGUCCAUAUAGUGCCUUGGUGUGAAUUGGGACACACCCUUUCCAGUGUGCACAAACGUGAGUGUGGCCCACAGGCUGGAUUUUAGUACCCCUUGCUAAUUGGCCAGGAGCCCUUCCUCUGCAAGCUGUGUGCUGCGACGCACGGGCUGCCACGUUUCUCUGCCCUUUUCCAGAGCAGGGGGGUGCCUAGAUCACCUGACCAGGGCUUCUGGUCUCUCCAGACACCAUGGCCCUCCUUAGCCCCUGACAUGACUCAGUGCUUCCCUGUAGAGCCUCUGCCCCGUCUGUUUCAGAGUUAACCUCGCCAAGCGACACCUGGGAGAAAAGCUAGAAAUGUCGCGAAGCCCUGGGGCACUGCCAUAUCGGCUGUUUCUGUGUGAGUGUUUGGAGCCCAUGCCAGCCCAGCAGCCCACACGGGGACUUCGUGAUAGGCCACGAGGGCACCAGGCGCUGCUGAAAAUCCAGCGGGAGAGAGGGGGGGCUGGACUUAGCGCCGCAGCAAAGAGAAGCGCGCAGACCCGGGCAAGACGAGGAUUUGAGUUGUUUGGACCCUACGGUCUCGGGCCUCAGAGCCCAGCCGACUCCUCUGCGUUUGGCAGCGCGGAAGAGUUGCUGGCAAACUGAUUCCCACCCGGUGCAGUGAAAGGGACCCAGUGGUGCCUCAGUCUUGCAAGGAAAGUGGAGCAGUAACCCCUUCCCUGCCUCACGCUAGGGAUAGCUGUGAGGCUAAGAGGAGGCAAGGUGGGGGGGGCAGUGUCUUGUAAGUUUCGCUACACAGGAAUGGCCCAAGGUCACCCAGGAAGCUUGCUGUGGGCCAAGCCCUCGGCCCACCCACCUCCAUCUCUUGCACUGCUUCUCGCCAGGGUAGACAUCAGCCACGUGACGAGCAAGGGGCCCUUAGUGACCACACUGGGAGGGUGGUAUAGGUGCUAUAUUGUCCAAGGACAGGUUUUCCUGCAACCGGGACACUGAAUACACGGGAGAAACCAGUAAUUGAGGUCAGAAACAUCUAGAGCCCUCCCAAGGCCUGGGGUUUUCCUCCCCACGUCAUCCCCUAUCUCAGAGGCCACUUAAGAAGUUUUGUUGCCUCUGACUACAUGUCAGAGAGCUGAACCCAAAAUUGGGCCACACAAGAAAUCCCAGGGUGAAGGGAUUUGCCGUCUCCAUCCCUUUCACGACCCGUUAGAUCCCAUGUAGGAUCAGCGGGGUUACCACAAGUUCCUGGUGACUCUCAGAGCAGGCCAGACUUCCUCCCUGAACAGCUCAGCCCUGGCUGAUCGAUCCCCAGCGGUUUCUGGGGGCUGCAAGGGCACCCCUUCCCCACCAGUGAUUAGGGCCUGAAGUGCGCAGCUCCCAUCCAUCCCCAGCCUCUGACUCCUACAGGGACUUGUGGACACAAGCCUGUGGCUCUUCCCAUAUGCCUGUUUUUAAACUUGAGGACCAAAUGAAAUUCCCUUGCUCCUUACGCGGUCUGCACUGGGCCCGGCCCAGGCAGCUGCAUCACUUCUGCCCUCCCUCUUGGCCUGACGUGGCUUACUUGUGGGGUAGAUCCACACCUCUGUCACCCCCAUGUAGGGUCGCUCCAGGGGGAGGACUGUGGAAGGAAACCUCCUGGAACAUUCUCUCCCAACUCGACACUUCAGAAGUCAAAGCACAGGUCCUUGGGACCCACGAUAUGUAAAACACUCUUGACACAGUGGUUUUACAGCCAGGUACUGUGAACCUCCUGACAAUUCACAGAGCUUUGUCAGGGAGGGGGCAAAAGCUGAGUGUCCAGCGCUUGCCCCCUCCACUCCCACCUCCACCCGAAGAGCUCUGCUUUUAUCUCUCGCCUUGAGGUUUCACUUUUAAACUGCUUUGAAGAAAAACUUCGAACCACAAUUCUGAUCCUGGACCAGCAAGCACAGGUUCUAUCCUUGCUUUGGCGGGUUGGAAUGGCUCUAGCAUUCCAGUACAAAGUGUCUUUGCGUUGGAACUUGGGUCACUGGGCCCAGGCACUGGCGCUUGCGCGUGCAUACGCUCUUACACACACGCGCUCACAAGUACACACAUGCACAAUUUUCCAGCUGAUCCGCCCGGAAACACUGGCCUGAGUUUGAUGUGCACACAGGGCUUCGUGCUCAGUGAGGGCGGGCCUUGACCCUGAUACUGGCCCACGCAGCCUGGGGGAUCAUGAAGCAAGGGGACAGGCCCAGUGUCCACCCAGGAUUCAUAUCUGUACCCAUGUCUAUACCUCUUCCUUUCUGAGCCCUACAGCUCACAGGAGGAGCAGGCCAGCGGAGAGAUGAGAAGCUACAGCUGGGUUCCUCUACGCACAGCCAGGUGCUGGAAGUCUAGGUUCACAGAAAAGACAGGAGAGGAGUUUUAUGACACAGGCCCCCACCUUCGAGGCAGGAUUCCCUGGAGAUUUGAAGUAGCUAGUCUUCCUAUGAGUAAUUUUACCACUAGGACUCUGUUCCCACAUCUGUGGACAUCAUGAGGCUCUUGUGCCCAAAGACAGGAUGGUUUCCCACCUGCAGCCCCUCAAAUUCUGUCCCUGCUUGCCUGUGCCCUCAUAGGGGCUCACUAGCAGAUCAGCACGUUGGUAAGACUCUGGCUGGCCUUCGGCACAAAGUCCUUCCUGGGGCCACCUCUAGGUCAGGACCCUUCCAGUCACAUGACACGGGGGAAGGAAUGCCGCUGGGUUCUGUUCGCUCUGAGUGUGUUCUUGGGGACCCCAGUGACCUCAGUUUCCCCAUGUGUAAAAUGAGGUUGGUGCCAGAUUCUGCCCACCUUUUCUCAGGAGCUGCCAAGGCUCACAGAGGCGACGGGGUUGAAGGUGGGUGGCGGGGGCAGUCAUACAAGGUGGCAGCAUUUGGGAGGCAGGUGAGGUUGUCUUCCUGGCUGGUGAUGGGCAGAGCCCUUGGGGAAAUGGGGGUGCAAUGUGUUGUUCUCUGGGCAGCACCACUCAUUAUUCAAGUCUAGUUGCAGCUGCUGUGGAGGAGGGAUGUGGCGUGUGUCCUGGGUGUGGUUGGGGACAGGUGGCUGGGACAGUCUCCAGGCCUGAGGCCCUGUGUGAAGUGAUGAUUUGUGGCACUCUCAUUCCUGGAUCACCUCCAGGUCACUGCUGUACCUGUGGCAUUCUUUAUUCUGUGAAGUUAUUAUAGUUUAUUCAACUCUUAACGGGACAAAUGAACAAAAGAACUAUAAAGAGGAGGUCGUGAAUGGCCUUUCAUGUCAGAGGA